CCCGGCUACGAUCCACCACCAGCACAGAAUGUGAAUACAAAACGCCCAGUCUUGCGUGAUGGCGAGCGGAUGUCUAAAGCAACUAACAUUCAAUUCUCUGAAAUUGUUCGACAUAAAAGAAACAACAACAACAACAAAAAAAAGAAAGAAAGAGACUGGUGGAAUUUCGAGAGAAACAAAAAUGUAACCUGACACUAAAAAUAGCACAAACCUGAAAUGUAAGUCCAUUGAAACAGAUGACUAUCGAUCAGUUUACGCUUGUAAGAAUGAGGAUUGUGGUGGGUGUGUGACAAGGUGCGUUCUAAAAUUAAACCACAAGGAAGAGCAGGUGCGAAGUUCCGUGCAUUCAUGUGGCUCCUUCGAGGCAAAUAACAACAGAUAACAAAGGGGGAUAUCAAGCUGCAUCCAGGAACCUAACGAUGCUCUGGGUCUAGUUACCCAGUCAGCGGACUGAAAGUCGGGAUCCAUUUGGAGAGCGAUAAAGAUCCGAGAUCUGACUGGAUGUUGGAGUGAUUCUUCAGAGGACCUAGCCGCAUCAUGCACACCCUGAGAAUCAUUCACUUCUGAGGUGAUUCAGUUCAACAAUGUAUGGAUUCCUUAAGAAGUCCCAAACAGCCGUGAAGGACACAAUGAAAAUACAGGAAACGUAUGAACCAAACCCGUUGGGAGACUCUCUUGAGACGGUCCUUUCCCAGAAAAGCGGGCGAAGUGCGUUUAGGGAUUUCCUAAAGUUGGAGUUCUGUGAGGAAAACCUGGAAUUCUGGCUCACCUGUAAGGAGUAUCGGUCGCUUGACAGUCUGGAGGAGCGGACGCAGAGAGCGGGGAGUAUUUAUGAAGAGUUCAUCAAGGAGGGAGCCCCCAAACAGGUGAAUCUGGAUUCCUACACGAGAGAGACGAUCAGACGGAGUCUGGAAGAGCCGGAGUCGUCCUGCUUCGCCGUGGCAGAGAGGAAAAUCUUCUUCCUGAUGGAGAACUGCUCCUUCCCACGCUUUACCGAAACUGAGCCGUACAAACUCUUUAUUAACUCCCUUUCGAAGCAGAGAGGUCUUAAGAAAAAACGCAUGGCGGUGAGAAUAAAGAGCCCUGUGGGGGAUUUCAAAGUGAACCCUCUGCUCCUGGUGAGCAAGGACUGACUCAGUGUGUGCUGCCGAGAGUCUGAAGAGUUGCCCAGACAGACUGAUGAAGGGCUGCGGGUCAAAGUGCUGCACAGGCACUUCCUCAUCCCACAAAGCUUCACAGCAGAUUUCUGUUAGACAAGAGAGAGAGACAGAGAGAGAGAGCUGUGAAAAUGACAUGGAAACGAUUCAGCCGCAGAGCUAAGGCUCUCGCUUUUACUGUGCAGCUUCUGGCAGGGACAACUUUGAAUGUAAAUAUGUCUUUUUUUAUUGGUGUGCACAAGCGACAUGUAAUGAAAUGUAUUUUAUAAGUUUGGACUAUAACAGUAUUUGUGAAAAUGUGAAAUCAUCCCGUCAUGUAGGCAUCAUGUAGCACAUGGAUUAUUUCAUGAUAAAUCACGUGAUUUUUUUACAGCACUUGCUGCGUGGAGGUAACAAAAGUGCAUCCUUCAUGCUGCAUCUGGUGCGCUACUGCCACCCAGUGGCGGAGCACAGUAGUGCAGUGGAGGUUAAUCAUACGAUCAGAGUACAUUUUUUUGUAUCAACUUUUGUGCGUGUGUGUAUAUAUGUAUAUAUAUAUAUACUCACAUUAUUGACAUUUCUUUCUUUCAGCUUCAUUAUAUAUUUUUUUCUUGUUGCCUUUAUGUUUUGGAAAAUGUACAACCUGAUUCCAUAACUUGUUUUAUUACUCAUGUUGAUAUUAAAACAAUGACUUCACAUUUAAAAGUUUGAUGAGAGAAAUAAUAUGUCAGAGAUUAAUUUAUUGUCUUUGAAACUAAAAGUUUACAUACAGAAUGACUUUUUCAGUCCUACCAGGACAAAUCUGAGCUACCCAGACAAAUCAACUUUAAUUUAUCUUUUUAUAAGUCAACAUGAUAAAUUAUUGUAAAU